CGAGAACAGCCUACCGUAGAGACCGGCUCUAUGAACUAUGGCGACGAAAACAGACAGGCCGAUGAGAGCCACAGGAUGCAGUGCAGCCGUACCGGCUGAUCGUGUCCAUCUUUCGAGUUCUUAUAAAUGAUGAGGAUGCCUCGGAAUGGAGCUUGAAAGCCUCAUACGGACUCUCUCCAACACCAAAUUAAUUUGCUAGCUGCGUCUCCGACGACAACUUACACCAUGUUGUUGUCACGGGGGCUGCUAGCCUCUACACUCCUUCUCGCCGUCAAGGCACAAGACGGUAUCGACCAAGCCGCAGUCAACAUUGCCACAGGGUUUGCGGAGACUCUCAUUCAACAUGCUUAUACUACUCUCAACGCAGAUUCAGGAGGUGCUGGUGAUGCUGGAAAUGGUGGAAAUCAAGACCAAGCCUUCGAUGCGAGUUUACUCGACAAGCCACAGAAUGCAGCCGACAACGAUGCCACCGUCACUCAGAUCAUACAGGGCCAAGUUACUGUUGAGACAUACACUCGCCCGGGAGGAGUACUAUUUCCCGUGACACUCCUUCCACACCCAAGAAUUACGCUCGCUCCGACCCGCAAUGACCCUUAUAAAAGGAUUAUUCAGGCUUAUACCGGAGGUAACGAUGCUACCACGAACCAGGAAAUCACAAUUGCCGAGCCCUCGGGAACAAGCCCGGGUACUAUUCUCAUCGAUGUUCCUGGUACUGCUUAUUCUUCUUUCUCAUCGGGCCAGGCCGGCGCGUUGACCAUCUCUCCUUCAAACGACAACCCGACAGCCACGAUUAUUUCGGCGUUGCCUAGUGGUGUUGCCAUUACUGGCGAGGCUACAAGGACAAUUGCGGCGGCCGGAAAUGCCCCUGCGACUGUUGUUAUCCAGACUCCUUGGGCAGAUGUGCCACCAAGCACUCCUGGUGUUGGAGGUGCUGGCGCUGGCGCUGGCGCUGGCGGUGCCGUUGGUGGCAACGCUGGAGGCAGCACAUCCAAUGUUUUGGUGAUUCAAACAUACACCGGAACUGAGUACAUCACCCAGGCUCGAGUUUCCACCAUUGUUGGUUCUGGAGGCGAUCAGGGCACAGUAGUUGUCCAGGUUCCUCCAGGUAGCCAGAACCCCGGUGGUGCUGUCACGAUUCCUCCAAGCGACGGUGGCCAUUUCACGACGAUUCUCAGGCAAUACACAGGAGCUUCUGCUAUCUCAACUCCUGUCACAAUCCUUGUUCCAACCUCGGCAGGUCAGGACGGAACAAUCAUCAUUGAGACGCCUGGACCUUCGAGCACAUCUGGCAGCGGUGGAGACAGUGAUCUCCCUGAAAACCAACCGCAGGUUAUUCCACCUAGCGGUGAUAACCCUUAUUCUACGAUCUUGCGACCUCACGCCGGUUCCGAUCGGAUUACUGAGCCUGUGACAUACACUGUACCUCCAUCUGGUACCAAUCCGGGAACGAUUAUCAUCGAGACUCCGGCCGUGCGCGCUGGUCAACAGGUUAUCACGCUUCCCUCUGACCCUAACAGUGGUUAUAUCACGAUUGUUAGACAGCCCAAUAGUGCCAUCACUGCGCCCAACACCAUUACAAUCGCACCCACUGGUGGUCAGCCAGGAACUAUUAUUAUCGAGACUCCUGCCCCUCAGCCCGGCGAUGUCGAGAUCACAAUUCCUCCUGGUCAGGAUGGCUCUUUCGUGACCAUUAUCCAGGGUCCUACAGGAUCCAAUGCUGUCACGGCCCCCAACACGAUCACAAUCACCGGUGCUCCUGGUCAACCAGGCACAAUCAUCAUCCAGACUCCAGUGCCGUCUGGCGGAGGCCAGAUUACUCGGGGUCCUGGUGACCCUUUUACCAUUCCUGCUGGAUCAGGUCAAUACGUCACCAUUUUCCGACCUCAUAGCGGUGAUCCCAUUUCGGUUCCGAUUACGCUUACCCAGCCAGGGGCGAAUGGUCAACCAGGCACUAUCAUUAUUGAGACGCCUGAUCCGACCACGUCUGCACCUGGAAGUGGGCCUAUUACCAUUCCUGCUGGAGGUAACAGCCCUUAUGUGACUAUCUACAGGCCACAUAGUGGAAGCCCUAUCAGCGCACCGGUCACGAUCACCGUCCCACCCAGCGGUACCCAGCCGGGGACUAUUAUCGUUGAGACACCUGUACCAACGCUUGAGACCCCCAAGGGCCAGAAUGCGGUGACCUCCUCUGCUGCGGGUGGCCAACCGAUCACCAUCCCUCCCAGCAAGAACAACCCGUAUGUCACGAUCUACCGUCCUCAUACAGGUGACCCAAUCACCGUCCCCAUCACCAUCACGCAGUCUCCCUCAAACGGACAGCCUGGAACCAUCAUUAUUGAGACUCCAGCUCCGCCAGCUGACACCGUUACUGAGACUGAACCUGGUGCGACCGUGACGGUUCAACCUGAUAACCCCGGUGGAUACACAACCAUUUAUCGGCCGCAUACAGGCGAUCCAAUCUCUGAGCCUAUCACCGUCACAACUAUUAGUGGUUCGAACGGCCAGCCAGGAACCGUUAUCAUUGAGACACAAGGCCCCUUUACUGUCACUGCCACUGGUCCCGGCGGAACUGCCACUAUCUACACUCCUGGAUCAGAUGUCAGCACCACUGUUACGAAGACCGUCACCAUGACAGCUUCAGGAGGUCAGCAAUCUACCGCGGUUGUUAUUGAGACUCCACCUCCCGUCAAGGUUCAACCCACAACUGCAAUGGUUACGGUGACUGGCCCUGAUGGAUAUGUCACGAUUACUGAACAGUACACCGGGACAAGUGUUAUUACGGCCAUCUUCACUACCACAGUGACUGGAUCUGGCACAAAUCCUGGAACAGUUUACAUCGAGACACCGCCACCAAUCAAAUUCGCUCCCACUUCAACGGUUUCUGGCACCGACAACUAUGUCACUGUCUAUGAACCGUUCCCUGGGCCAGGCAUCAUUACGGCACCUAUUACCGUUACGCAGGCCACUCCUUCCGGUGGGCAGCCGGGUACAGUGAUUAUCCAGACUCCUGUUGCGGACACUCCCGCGACUACACCACUGCCCGAUCCUACUACUACACAGGGACCUGAUGGUUAUGUCACUGUGUAUCUUCCGUUCCCUGGCCCUGGUGUCAUUACCACGUCCUAUACCAGGACACUGGCCCCUUCAGGUGGAAAUCCUGGAACUGUGUUCAUCACAACGCCAGCCCCUCUACCUGCUACAACUUCUGAGGCAAAUCUUCCAAGUACUACGUCUGGAACAGAUGGUUAUGUGACAGUUUUUAUCCCAUAUCCGGGACCGGGCGAGAUCACUGCGCCCAUCACUAGGACUCAGCCACCCGCAAAUGGCCAACCUGGUACUAUCUUCAUUACCACACCUGUCCCUGCGUUCACCACACCGAAGCAGAUGAAUGGGUUGACAACCACAUCUCAGGGAACAGAUGGUUAUGUGACAGUUUUUAUCCCAUAUCCGGGACCGGGCGAGAUCACUGCGCCCAUCACAAGCACCCAGCCGCCCGCCAAUGGUCAGCCUGGUACUGUUUGGAUUACUACACCUGCACCUGCGUUCACUACACCGAAACAGAUGAAUGGGUUGACAACCACGUCUCAGGGAACAGAUGGUUAUAUCACAGUUUUUGUUCCUUACCCAGGACCAGGCGAGAUCACUGCACCCAUCACAAGUACCCAGCCGCCCGCCAAUGGUCAGCCUGGUACUGUUUGGAUUACUACACCUGCACCUGCUUUCACUACACCGAAGCAGAUGAAUGGGUUGACCACCACUUCCCAGGGGACAGAUGGCUACGUGACUGUAUUCCUGCCCUUCCCUGGCCCAGGAGUUAUUACUGUUCCUAUCACGAGUACCCAGCCUCCUGUUAACGGCCAGCCUGGAACCGUUUUCAUCACAACCCCAGCACCUCUGCCCACUGAUCAGCAGAAUGUGCCAACCACUACAGCUGGUGUUGAUCAGUAUGUGACGGUUUUCCUGCCAUUCCCGGGUCCUGGUGUUAUCACUGCACCUAUUACUCGCACUCAGGCACCGUCUGGUGGUAACCCAGGAACUGUGUUUAUCACGACACCGGCUCCUGAGACCCCGACCCAGCCCCAGACUUCUGCCCUGACUACGGAUAACUACAUCACCAUUUACACACCUUUCCCAGGACCAGGUGUCAUUACCGCACCUAUCACUAUUACCAAGCCGCCAUCCAAUGGCCAGCCCGGAACAGUUCUUAUCGAGACUCCUGUUCCAUUGAGCUCCAGUGCUGAUACCUACGUGACGGUCUACAGGCCCUACCCAGGUCCUGGAACGAUCACUGCACCAAUUACCCUGACUCAGGCUCCUUCCAACGGCCAGCCCGGUACGGUGUUCAUCGAGACUCAGCCAACAGAAACGCCGACUCCAACAACGCAGACUACUGAUGGUUCAACUCCUCCCAUUACCAUCCCUCCUGACCCGACUGGUUCUUAUGUGACAAUCUACCGACCGUAUCCAGGGCCCGGCCAGAUUACAUCUCCCAUCACAUACACUCAAGCCCCUAUUUCUGGACAGCCAGGCACAAUUAUCAUCGAGACUCCCAACCCUGAUGCCAAUACCGCAACCCAGACAGGCCCAGUUACAGUACCUACUGGUAACAACAACCCAUAUAUUACAGUAUAUAAGCCCUACCCUGGUCCCGGCAAUAUUGAUCAGCCUGUCACUAUCACUGCUGCGACUCCUUCAGGUGGCCAGCCAGGCACGAUCAUCAUUGAGACACCUACACCGGAGGUCAACACCAAGUUUGCCCCGUCGCCAACUUCUUCGCCGCCAGUUACCAUCCCGGCUGAUAACAACAACUAUGUCACUGUCUAUAGGCCACACACUGGACCUCCAAUUACUGCGCCAAUUACUGUCACUACCAUUGCACCUUCGGGAGGACAGCCUGGCACCGUGAUUAUCGAGACACCAGGACCUGAGUCUCAGUCCGAGGCUCAGCCUACAACCACAGACAGCCCGCCUGUUACCAUUCCUCAAGGUCAAGACGGAUAUGUGACAGUCUACCGGCCGUACCCCGGUCCAGGUGUUAUCACAGCACCGGUUACCGUGACCACUAUUGCGCCGACUAAUGGUCAGCCCGGAACCGUGAUCAUUGAGACACCUGCUCCUGAGGCGCCAACUUCCUCCUCAUCUGAUGUGCCCCAAACUACAGCUUCUGCUGUCACCAUUCCGGCUGAUAACGCUGGCUAUGUGACUGUAUACAGACCUUACCCCGGACCUGGAGCAAUCACCGCCCCUCUUACAGUUGGAACCGUUGCACCAACCAAUGGUCAGCCUGGCACGGUCAUCAUUGAGACACCUGUGCCUCAAGCCGCACCGCAGACCACGUCAACCCCCGAAGUUACUUCUACUCAGGGAACUGAUGGUUAUAUCACGGUCUUUCAGCCAUACACCGGCACUGGUCUCAUUACAGCGCCUAUCACUGUCUCCACCAUUCCUCCCUCUAACGGUCAACCAGGAACCAUUAUCGUUGAGACGCCUGUGCCUCAGGCUAUAACGACCACAACUAGUGAUGCUGCGCCUGUCACCAUUCCGCCAGGCCCCGAUAACUCGUACGUGGCGGUCUAUAGACCUCAUACGGGUAAUGACGUUAUCACGGCACCUGUGACUGUUACUACUAUUCAAGGAGUUAACGGUCAGCCUGGAACCAUCAUUAUCGAGACACCUGUGCCCCAGGAUCCAACCACCACGACCAGUGAUGCUGCACCUGUGACUAUCCCACCCAGUCCAGACAGCUCCUACAUCACUGUCUAUAGGCCACACACAGGAACUGAUGUCAUUACUGCCCCUGUGACCGUAAGUACCAUCCCAGGUGUCAAUGGACAGCCCGGAACAAUCAUUAUCGAGACUCCUGCGGCCCAGGAUACCAAUGCGCUUAGCACUGCCCCUGCAAGCCCUGGUAGUACAUAUGUCACCGUAUAUCGUCCGUAUCCUGGACCAGGCAAUAUUGAUCAGCCCAUCACGGUCACAACGAUUGAGCCCUCUAACGGGAACCCGGGAACUGUUAUCAUCGAGACACCUACUCCAGAUGUCAACACGAAGGUUGCACAGCCUCCCGUUACACUCGAUCCUGGGCCAGGCGAUCAGUAUGUUACUGUCUACAGACCUUACACAGGUACUGGAGUUAUCACUGCGCCUGUUACCGUUAGGACCAUUGCUCCUUCAGGUGGCCAGCCCGGAACAGUUAUCAUUGAGACUCCUGAACCAGAAACCCCUGGCCCCAAUCCAACAGUUACUUUGCCUGCUGGUCCCAACGAGUCUUACAUCACCGUGUUCCGACCUCAUACGGGCACUGAUGUGAUUACUGGUCCUGUCACGAUCACAACUAUCGCUCCAGCCAAUGGUCAGCCCGGUACUGUCAUCAUUGAGACUCCAGUUGAGUCUGAGCGUGCCUCUACUCCUGCUCCUGUUGAUUCAGCAACCAGCGCUCCUCCUCAAGCUACUUAUGUUACGGUCUACCGCCCUCACACUGGAGCAGACCGCAUCACUGCGCCAGUUACUGUCACAACCAUUGAGCCUUCAGGAGACCAGCCUGGAACUGUCAUCAUUGAGACCCCUGAUCAGGAUCUGCCUCCUGUGACAACCUCUGCUGGACCUCUUGCUACCUAUGUGACGGUUUACCGACCCCACACAGGAGCAGACAGGAUCACAGAACCGGUCACUAUUACGACUAUUGAGCCGACCAACGGCCAACCCGGUACAGUUAUCAUUGAGACUCCAGGACAGCAAGCGCCUCCUGUGACGACCACCCCUGCCCCUGCUACUUACAUAACUAUCACCAGACUCUACACCGGAAUAGACCAGAUCACAGAACCAAUCACAACCACUAUCCCUCCCCAAGGUGAUCAGCCUGGUACCGUGAUCGUUGAGACUCUGGGCCAGCAAGUGCCGCCGGUAACCUCAACGCCUGGUCCUGCUUCAUAUGUGACCAUCACUAGGCUUUACACAGGUACAGACCAGAUUACAGAGGCCAUAACGAGCACCAUUCCCCCUCAGGGUGACCAGCCUGGAACUGUCAUCAUUGAGACACCUGGCCAGCAUGUGGCCGCUAUGACCUCCACUUCCGCUCCUCCUUCUUAUCUGACAACGACGGUUCCCUAUACUGGCACCGACCAGAUUAGCGUACCUGUUGUUACCACUGUCUCUCCUCAAGGCGACCAGCCGGGAACUGUCAUCGUUGAAACACAGGCUCCGUUUGUGACAGUCUAUCGUCCGCAUACUGGGCCAGAUCAGAUCACCGGUCCAGUCACUGUCACGACCAUUGCUCCCACAGGAGAUCAGCCAGGAACAAUCAUCAUUGAGACCCCUGGUGCGGCCCCUGCCAUCACAACUACACCACCUGCGCCAUCGUAUGUCACUAUCACUACUUUGUACACCGGAACAGAGAUACUUAGUGAGCCCACGACCGUCACUACGAUCCCCCCUCAAGGCGAUCAACCCGGCACUGUCAUUGUUGAGACCCAGGGUCCUUUCGUGACAACUUCAACACUUUAUACUGGAACAGGUGUAAUCACAGCCCCGAGUGCCCUUACAACGAUUCCUCCUCAGGGAGGGCAGCCUGGAACUGUUGUUAUUGGAACACCAGGAUCAUACGUCACAACGACUGUUCUGUAUACUGGGUCUGACUCGAUUACCGGCCCCACAGCUUUUACAACCAUUCUACCCCAAGGUGAUCAACCUGGCACGGUCGUUGUUGGAACUCCUGGAUCUUAUGUCACAACAACGGUGCUUUACACUGGCGCCGAUUCGAUUACUGGGCCCACAGCUCUCACAACGGUCCCCCCUCAAGGCGACCAGCCUGGCACCGUUGUCAUUGCCACACCUCCUUCGUAUGUCACAACAACUAUUCCUUACACCGGAACCGAGCAGAUCACUGCGCCGAUCACAGCUACUACCAUUUCUCCCUCAGGGAACCAGCCUGGAACUGUUGUCAUCGAGACUCAGGCCCCAUUUGUCACGAUCUAUCGCCCUCACACUGGCAUCGACAGAAUCACUGCGCCUGUUACGAUUUCGACCAUUGCCCCAUCUGGUGACCAGCCAGGUACGAUUGUGGUCGAAACCCCUGGCGCAGAACCUCCUGUCACUACAUCGCCUCCUGCUCCAACAUACACGACAGUUUAUGAGGAGUACUCUGGCACCGAUGAUAUUACUGAGCCUGUCGCCAAGACUACUAUUGAGCCACAAGGUGACCAGCCUGGCACCAUUAUCUUUGAUACUCCUGCCCAGCGAGUCGUGUCCACCAGUGAUGCACAGCCUUCAUAUGUUACGGUUUACCAGCCUCAUUCUGGCCCAGACAGAAUUACCGCCCCCGUUACCGUCACUACCAUCCCGCCCCAGGGAGAUCAACCAGGCACUGUUAUCAUUGAAACACCAGGUUCGGAGCCUGCUAUCACGUCGACGCCUGCCCCCGAGCCAUCUUAUGUGACAGUAUAUCAGCCCCAUACUGGGCUCGACAGAAUUACUGAGCCUGUCACGAUCACAACCAUUCCUCCCCAGGGCGGCCAGCCAGGUACAGUGAUCAUUGAGACGCCAGGCUCUGAACCCCCAGUCACCUCAGGACCCGCCCCAGAGCCUUCAUACAUUACGAUCUAUCAGCCACACACUGGUCUUGAUAGAAUCACCGAGCCUGUCACGGUUACAACUAUCCCUCCCCAAGGCGACCAGCCUGGUACCGUGAUCAUUGAGACACCGGGAGCUGAGCCUCCUGUGACAUCAGGACCUGCUCCUGAACCUUCUUACAUUACAAUCUAUCAGCCACACACCGGUCUUGAUAGAAUCACCGAGCCCGUAACAGUCUCGACUAUUCCCCCACAAGGCGACCAGCCUGGUACCGUGAUCAUUGAGACACCGGGAGCCGAGCCUCCUGUGACAUCAGGACCUGCUCCGGAGCCUUCAUAUGUGACAAUCUAUCAGCCCCAUACCGGAUCUGAUAGAAUUACUGAGCCUGUUACACUCACAACUAUCCCUCCUCAAGGAGAUCAGCCAGGCACGGUUAUUAUUGAAACGCCUGGCUCGGAGCCCCCUGUCACUUCAACCCCAGCUCCUGAACCUUCGUAUGUCACGAUCUAUCAGCCAUACACUGGCACGGAUCAGAUAACUGCUCCAGUCACACUGACCACUAUCGCACCAUCUGGGGAUAAACCUGGAACCGUCAUCAUUGCAACGCCUGGGUCCGCGCCUCCAGUCACAUCAGCCCCUGCGCCUGAGCCCUCAUAUGUGACAGUUUAUCGACCUUACACCGGCUUUGGCCAGAUUACCGCGCCGGUCACAGUGACCACAGUCGAGCCUCAAGGAGAUCAGCCGGGUACAGUCAUUAUUGAAACACCCGGCUCAGCUCCUCCAGUCACAUCCACGCCGGCCCCUGAGCCGACAUACAUCACAGUCUAUCGCCCAUACACAGGUGUUGGUCAAAUCACCGCUCCGGUGACAGUUACGACUGUCGAACCUCAGGGAGACCAGCCAGGCACCAUCAUCAUCGAGACCCCAGGAUCUGAACCCCCAGUGACAUCAACGCCUGAGCCAGCACCCCAGCCUUCGUAUAUCACGAUAUACAGACCUCACACAGGUGCCGAUCAAAUUACCGCACCGGUCACGAUUACAACAAUCGAGCCACAAGGCGAUCAGCCAGGCACGGUAAUCAUUGAGACUCCUGGCUCUGAGUUGCCUGUUACCUCGACUCCUGCACCAGCGCCAGAGCCUUCAUACGUGACAGUCUAUCGACCUCACACAGGCGCUGAUCGGAUCACUGCACCGGUCACAAUUACGACAAUCGAGCCUCAAGGGGACCAACCAGGAACUGUGAUCAUCGAGACGCCGGGCUCUGAGCCUCCUGUUACCUCAACACCUGCUCCCUCGUAUACCACCAUCUACGAGACUUACACUGGUACUGGUGAGAUUACAGGCGAAGUGACUGUCACAACCAUUCCUCCUCAGGGUGACCAGCCAGGUACUGUCAUCAUUGAGACACCGGGCCCGCAAACCGCAAACAAGGGAGCGAGCCCUCCUCUGACUAUUCCUGCUGGAGAUGAUAGCUACGUGACGGUCUUCAGGCCUUUCACAGGAACCCCUAUGAUAACAGCGCCUGUCACAGUUACGACCAUCUCUCCGUCUGCUGGCAACCCGGGUACUGUUAUCAUUGAAACACCUGCACCUGAAGCCGCAGCUACCACAUCGGGACCUGGGGAUGUUUAUGUUACCGUCUACACCAUUUACACUGGCACUGGCCAGCUCACAGCGCCAAUUACGGUCACAACGAUUGCUCCCGUCUCUGGAACUGGUACCAUCGUCGUUGAGACUCAGGCCGAGGCUACCACUCCUCCGCCUGUCACGAUCCCGCCUAGUGACAAUAGCCCCAACAUCACCAUUGUGCGUCAGUAUCCUGGCCCGGGAGUCAUCACUGCCCCUGUGACCUCUUAUGAGCCACCAAGUACGCCUGGACAGCCUGGAACGAUCAUCAUUGAGACUCCAGCCCCCAUUUCUGAGACUACAUCUGAGGCACCAGGCACCAAUGUUACUCUCUAUACCUUGGCUCCCCCAGGCGUCAAGACUCCCAUCACCAGUUACGCACCCCCACAAACACCAGGCCAGCCAGGAACUGUUUUUAUUCAGACGGUGGCUACUGAUGCUGAGUCUGCCUCUGAGGAAGGCAGGAACGUGACUAUUUACACUGACGGUCCUGAUUCUCUUACUGCACCGUACACUACUUACUACCCUCCUGGCUCCCCUGGAGAUCCCGGAACCGUGCUCAUUGAGACUCCUCCUCCAGUUCCUACUGGUCCUGCCUCAGUAUCGGCAGUGCCCACCACUGAUGAUUCAGCCAGUGGCAUCACAACACCUGCUUCAAGCAACCCCGAUGCACUCACCUUGACUCCGAGCGAUAGCAACGAUGACUUUACUGUCAUAGAACCCAACACCAGGUUCGCUGAUGCUAGCGAAAAUGUCACACAGAUUAUCCCCGCCACUGAUGGAACCCCCGGAACACAGAUCAUCUACACACCUGUGGAUACAUCAGGAGAGUCAUCCGCUGGUGCACCAGAUACUGACAGUUAUGUUACCAUCAGUGCGACAGUAACUAUUCCUGGCGAUCCCUCAACACGUACCGGGCUCAACUCCGACGUCGGAAGUGACGCGGGUACCACUGGCGCGGAAACCAAUGUCAUCAUUAUUCCCCCAAGUGGUACUGAACCAGGAACUGUUCUCUCGCAAACUAGUGUUUACCUGGAUCAGGCCUUGGCUGAGCACGGAAAUGUGACGAUCACCAGGACAGCACUUAGUGGUGUUACUACGAGGUUCACCACCUACUCGCCCCCAGCUCAACCAACUGAUCCAGGAACCAUCAUAAUUGAGAUUCCAGACUACAAUGUCACCAUCACGAGGGCAGCUCCUACUGAUAUCACGACCACAAUCACAACCUACUCGCCUCCUGCAACGCCUGGCGACCCAGGUACUGUCAUCAUCGAGACGCCUGAUUACAAUGUCACUAUCACCCGUGAGGCGCCCGCAUCUAUUACAAGCCUCCGCACAAGCUACGCUUCUCCAGGAACUCCUGGCGAUCCUGGCACCGUGAUCGUUGAAACUCCAAACAACGACUACAACGUGACCAUCACUCGCGGCGCCUCGAUUACAGCGCCCUUUACCACAUACUCGCCUCCUGGUGCCUCGGGAGAUCCAGGCACCAUUAUCGUCGAGACCCCAGAUUAUAAUGUCACCAUUACUCGAGAGGCACCAGCCUCGAUCACUGAUGUACGGACGACAUACAAUCCUCCAGGCACUCCAGGCGAUCCGGGAACUGUCAUUGUCGAGACACCAAACAAUGCCUACAACGUCACCAUCACAAGGGCAGCUCCCGCUUCGAUUACAAGUAUAUACACCACAUACUCGCCUCCGGGUGCUCCUGGUGAUCCAGGCACCGUUAUUGUUGAGACACCCGACUACAAUGUUACUGUUACUCGUGGUGCCUCGAUUACGGCCCCUUUCACGACAUACUCGCCCCCAGCUACACCUGGCGAUCCUGGUACUGUCAUUGUCGAGACACCCGAUUACAAUGUCACCAUCACACGAGAAGCACCAAGAACCGUCACAACCUUACGUUCAUCGUAUGCCCCACCUGGCACUCCCGGCGAUCCGGGCACCGUUAUCAUUGAGACACCUCUUGGUCCUUACAAUGUGACGACGACUCGCGGUGCUUCAACAAUCACAGCGCCGUUUACAACUUACUCGCCUCCUAGUGGGCCUGGCGAUCCGGGCACUAUUAUUGUUGAAACUCCUGACUACAAUGUCACUGUCACCAGUGAUGCUGACUCUACGGACUCUGCAACAGAUGUUGUCACCAGGUAUAACCCACCUGGCUCCCCAGGUGACCCAGGUACCAUCGCCAUCAUCAUGCCGAACCAGCGACUUGUGUCGACUUCUCAAGAUCCAUCCACUACCGAUGAUCCUGGACAAAAUGUCACUGUCUACAGGCCUGGUCCACGAACUCUCACUGGCCCUGUCACUUCAUACAUACCUCCUGCGAGCCGUGGAGACAACGGUACGGUAAUCAUCGAGACCCCUGGCCCUGCCACUCCUUUCAAUGUGACAAUCACCCAGACUAUCAGCACCAUUACAGCGAUCUACACUACCUACUCGCCGCCCGGUGCUGAAGAUGAUCCGGGAACCAUCAUCGUCGAAAUGCCGCCCGAUCGAAACGUGACCAUCACAGAGGAGGUCAGCACUAUCACGGCUCCUUACACAACAUAUUCUCCCCCUGGCUCGCCUGGCGAUCCCGGUACUGUCAUUAUUGAGGUGCCCCCCGAUCACAACGUGACUGUCACUGAAGUCAUCAGCACUAUCACCUCGCCGUACACAAGGUUCUCCCCACCUGCAAACCGUGGAGAUCCUGGUACAGUAUAUAUCGGGCUGCCCCCAGAUUCCAAUGUUACUAUCACAACUGAGGUGGAUUCAAGAACAGCGCCCUAUACCACCUACUAUCCUCCCGGUUCCCAGGGAGAUCCUGGCACUAUUCUUGUUGAAUUGCCUCCUGGUCGUAACGUCACGAUCACCACCGAAGUCGCGAGCCGAACUGCACCUUAUACAACAUACUCAGCGCCGGCUAACAGAGGAGAUCCGGGUACCAUCAUCGUGGAGAUGCCUCCUGACAGCAAUGUCACAAUCACCACCGAAGUCCCUAGCAGGACAGCUCCUUACACCACGUAUUCCCCACCGGCGAAUAAGGGCGAUGCUGGCACCAUCAUCGUAGAGCUUCCUCCUGAUAGGAAUGUCACGGUCACGACAGAGGUGGCUAGUCUCACAGCCCCAUAUACUACCUAUGCGGCCCCUGCCACCAAGGGCGAUCCAGGAACCGUCAUCGUUGAAAUGCCGCCUGACAGGAAUAUCACCAUCACAACUGAAGUGCCCACUCGCACCGCUCCGUAUACGACAUAUUCUGCUCCAGGAACUCCAGGCGAUCCGGGCACAAUUAUCAUUGAAUUGCCUCCUGAUCGCAACGUGACUACUACGGAAGAGAUCCCUACAUUGACCCAGGCCUAUACUACUUAUUCGCCGCCGGGCAACCGCGGUGAUCCCGGCACUGUCAUUGUACGACUCCCGCCUGACAGGAACGUGACUAGAACGACCGAGAUUGCUACACUGACUGCUCCAUAUACAACCUAUUCUCCACCUGCAAACAGAGGCGAUCCUGGUACUAUUAUCAUCGAAUUGCCUCCUGAUAGGAAUGUCACCACUACGGAAGAGGUCAGCACAAUCACCCGGGUCAGAACAACAUAUAUGCCUCCCGCCAAUCAAGGAGAUCCCGGCACAGUCGUUAUCCAAGAGCCUCCGGACACCAACACGACUAUCGUUGAUGUCGUGUCCACGAUCACACGCCCGGCCACUCGGUUUAUACCCGCUGCCACGAAGGGUGAUCCAGGCACUGUCUAUAUCGAUGUGCCACCAAACCACAACGUUACAAUGACCACAACUGUCAGCACAAUCACUCGGCCAAGCACAACGUUUGAGCCCCCUGCCACUGAAGGCGAUGCAGGCACUGUACUCGUCCAGAUGCCCCCUGAGUACAAUGUCACCACAACGCAGACUAUUGAAACAAUCAGUAGGCCAGUUACUCGGUACUCUAGCCCUGCUGAGAUUGGCGACCCUGGCACCGUGUAUCUCGAUCUACCACCCGAGUACAACGUCACUGUCACAACCACGAUCUACAGCAUCACACGACAGAGCACAACCUUUGCUCCCGGUGCUACCCAAGGCGAUCCUGGCACUAUCAUCAUUGAGAUGCCUCCUGAGUAUAAUGUGACUACAACACAGACUGUUGAGACAAUCAGCAGACCAGUCACUCGGUACUCGAAGGCCGGUACUGUUGGCGACCCCAACACUAUCUAUGUUGACCUUCCACCGGAAUACAAUGUCACUGUAACAACAACAGUCCCCACAAUCACGAGACAGUCAACGACAUUUGCUCCUGCUGCCAAUCAAGGCGAUCCUGGCACUAUCAUUAUCGAAAUGCCGCCUGAGUAUAACGUCACGACGACUCAAACCGUUGAGACCAUCAGCAGACCGGUCACUAGAUACUCGAAGCCUGAUACUAUCGGCGAUCCCGGCACUAUCUUUGUUGAUUUGCCGCCGGAAUACAAUGUUACUAUCACGACUACCGUCGACACAAUCACGAGACCUUCAACUACCUUUGCCCCAGCAGGUACCCAAGGCGAUCCGGGCACCAUAAUCGUCGAACUUCCGCCUGACUCUAAUGUCACAACAACUCAGACUAUCUCUACGAUCUCGAGACCCACCACCCGUUACUCUCGUCCAGGCACAGUUGGAGAUCCAGGUACCGUGUAUGUUGAUCUCCCGCCGGAGUAUAACGUCACUAUCACCACGACCAUCGAGACCAUCACGAGGCCUUCAACCACCUUUGCUCCAGCUGGAACUCAGGGCGAUCCUGGCACCAUCAUUGUUGAGCUCCCCCCUGAUUCCAAUGUCACAGUCACAUCAACAGUCCCUACCAUCAGCCGCCCUGCCACACGCUUUGCAAGCCCUGCAGCCGUGGGUGAUCCUGGCACCGUUUAUGUUGAUCUGCCGCCGGAGUAUAACGUCACUACAACCGAGACUGUCAGUUCAAUUACUCGUGUCCGAACUACUUACAUGCCUGCGGGAACACAAGGUGAUGCCAACACGGUUCUUAUCGAGGUCCCUCCGGACUACAAUGUCACAUCCACGGAGACCGUCAGUUCGAUCAACAGGGUCAGGACGACUUAUAUGCCCGCCGGUACUCAGGGUGACCCGAACACCGUCCUUGUCCAAGUUCCUCCUGACUACACGGUCACUACAACUGAGACUGUCAGUUCGAUUACUCGUGUCCGAACUACUUAUAUGACCGCCGCGACACAGGGUGACCCUAACACGGUCCUUAUCGAAAUCCCUCCUGAUUAUAACGUCACAUCAACCGAGACCGUCAGUUCGAUCAACAGGGUCAGGACGACAUACAUGCCCGCGGGAACCCAGGGUGACCCCAACACAGUCCUUAUCCAGUUUCCUCCUGACUACACCAUCACAACUACUGAAACCAACAGUGGUAUCAGCCGUGUCAGGACCUCAUAUAUGAGUGCUGCAACACAGGGCGAUCCCAAUACAGUCCUCAUUGAGGUUCCGCCGGAUUAUAAUGUCACAUCAACCGAGACCAUCAGCACGAUCAAUAGGGUCAGGACAUCAUAUUAUCCUGCCGGCACCCGAGGAGAUCCUAAUACAGUUCUCAUUCAGGUUCCUCCUGACUACACUCUAACAACGACCGAAACCAACAGUGCGAUCACUCGGGUUAGGACCACCUAUAUGCCUGCUGCCACCCAGGGCGAUCCUAACACCGUUCUCGUUGAAGUCCCACCGGAUUCCAAUGUGACGACAACCCAGACCAACAGUGCGAUCACUCGGGUUAGGACCACCUAUAUGCCCGCCGGUACUCAGGGUGAUCCCAACACCGUACUUAUUGAGGUCCCUGUCGACUACAACGUGACCACCACUGAAACCAACAGUGCGAUCACUCGGGUUAGGACCACCUAUAUGCCCGCCGGUACUCAGGGUGAUCCCAACACCGUACUUAUUGAGGUCCCUGUCGACUACAACGUGACCACCACUGAAACCAACAGUGCGAUCACGCGGGUUAGGACCACCUAUAACCCCGGUGCAACUCAGGGCGACCCUGGAACAAUUUUGGUUCAGGUCCCAGUUGACUAUAACGUGACCACCACUGAGACUGUUAGCACAAUCAGUCGAGUUAGAACGACAUACAAUCCUGCCUCUGUUCAAGGUGACCCCAACACAGUUCUUGUACAGGUCCCUGUUGACUAUAAUGUCACUACCACCCAAACAGUCAGCACGAUCAGUCGGGUCAGAACGUCUUAUUACCCAGCUGCUACUCAAGGCGACCCUAAUACGGUCUUGGUCCAGGUCCCAAUGGACUAUAACGUGACAGUCACCCACACAAUCACAACUAUCAGUCGUGUCAGGACAACGUAUGGUCCUGCUGCCACACAAGGAGAUCCGGGAACCAUAUUCGUGGACGUACCGCCGGAGUACAACGUCACUGUCACAUCAACUGUCAGUACGAUUUCGAGACCUUAUACAACCUAUUCUGCGCCUGGCACACAAGGUGAUCCAGGAACCAUCUGGGUAAGACUUCCGCCUGCAUACAAUGUGACAACCACUCAGACGGUCCCCACGAUCACUCGCAUGUCUACGACAUAUGCCCCGCCAGCUACGCAGGGUGACCCCGGAACCUUCAUUGUGCAGGUCCCCCCUGACCGUAACGUCACUACCACUGAGACUGUUCCCACGAUCUCUCGACCUGCAACCAGAUAUGUGGCCCCGGCUACUCAGGGAGAUCCAGGUACAGUUGUGGUGCAGAUGCCACCGGAGUACAAUGUCACGACAACACAAACGGUAUCAACUAUCUCUCGCGUUGCUACUACGUAUAACCCUCCAGCUACGCAGGGAGAUCCAGGUACCAUCGUUGUGCAAAUGCCCCCUUCGUACAACGUCACGUCAACGCAGACCGUUUCAACCAUAUCUCGACUUGCAACUGCAUACUCUGCCCCUGCUACGCAAGGUGACCCCGGAACCGUCUGGAUCCGGAUACCUCCUGAGUAUAACGUCACGUCAACGACUACAGUCUCAACUAUUUCCCGGCUCACAACCACAUACGCACCCCCGGCUACUCAAGGUGAUCCGGGCACUUUCAUCGUGAGAGUACCUCCAUCUUACAAUGUCACCACGACGCAGACCGUAUCAACCAUUUCACGUGUUGCAACAGCCUACUCGCCGCCGGCCACCCAAGGAGAUCCUGGUACUGUCAUUAUACAGAUGCCUCCGGCUUAUAACGUCACUACCACAACCACUGUCUCAACUAUUUCCCGGCUUACAACAACUUACGCACCGCCAGCUACUCAAGGCGACCCAGGUACCUUCAUUGUGCGGGUACCUCCCAAAUACACUGUCACGACGACACAAACAGCCAGCACUAUUACCCGACCUACUACUAUCUUUGCGCCUGCACAAACUCAAGGCGAUCCCGAUACUGUUAUCGUGGAAUACCCCCCUCCUUACAAUGUCACGGUCACUACAGCUGGACCGACAACGCUUACUGCACGGUACACUACAUACUCACCACCUGGCCAACCUGGCGAUCCCGGUACCGUCAUCGUCGAGAUGCCACCGAGUCGCACAGUCACAAUCACUACAAACGGCGGCACUACAAUCUCUACCCCUGUUACCUCCACUUACGCUCCGGGUCAGCCUGGCGACCCUGCCACCGUGGUCAUCGCAACCCCAGCUCCCCGAUCUACUACAUCUACAACAUCUUCCAGGCCGCUCACCACCAGCAGCACUACAACUACUGCGCCGGCAGCCACUGUCUCCUUCAAUUGUGACGUCUACGGUUAUCUCAUGCAGAAGACAGCUCUCUACCGUGUCGAGAUCACAUCUGGUAAGACUACCCUUAUCAAGAGUGAUGUCGGUCCUGGUGGUUGGAUCAACGCCAUCGGUUACAACCGUUUCGACAACUACAUCUACGGUAUGCACAUGGACGAUACGGGAUCUCAAGUUAUCCGUAUUGGUGGCGACGGUGGUUGGACACUGCUCGGCACUCGUACCAAUGACCGUCUCGUUCAGAUGGGUGAUAUCGAUAACCAAGGUCGCUUCUGGAUCUCGAACCAGGGAGAAGGCUGGUGGUGUAUCGAUCUCAUGCCUGGUUCGGCCACUUACGGCAAGAUUCUCAUGAGCGGCACCGCCAAGAACCCUCUCAACUCUGCCGACUGGGCCUUCGUCCCUGGAGGAGGCGACUUCAUGUAUUCCAUCAUGUACGACGACCAAGGCAAGACAUCCACGCUAUGCAAGUUCAGCCGUACCACAUACACAUGGACAACCAUCCAGGGCUUUGGUAUGAUUGCUGGUCAGAACGUAUGGGGAGCCGCCUAUGCUUCGCAAGACGGAAACCUCUACGGUUCAGAGAACACCAGUGGUCAGAUUUGGAAGUUCCCUAUCGCACCUUCGGUGGGAAGUCCCAAGUUCCUGGCAACAGGUCCAUCGUCGUCCUGGAACGAUGGUGCAAGAUGUAUCGACAGUCAGACCCUAUAAAGCUAAGACGCAUAGGCUCUCGACACCUAAUCCAUUUCCUAUGUCUGUUUACAGUCGG